AUGGUGACUGUACCAUCUCCACAAUGUGUUGGGCGAGAAUUUGUCCGGCAGUAUUACACCCUCCUUAAUCAAGAACCAGUUCAGAUCCACAGGUAUUAUGAAUUUUUUAUCAUUAUUAGUGGUGGGUGUCGCUGGUACCCAUUUAUACACCUGGGUGAAGAGAGACAAAGUGGAGUAAAGUUCCUUGUCUCAGGAAACAAUGGGAAUGGCGAGGCUUGAACCCCUUACCUCCAGAUCCAGAGUUCGAGGUGUUAACCGCUCGGCCACGCACGUCUCCAUGGGUACUGGCGACAUACUGCUGGGGGGGUAACCCUGCAAUGGACUAGCAUCCCUUUCAGGGGGUAGUAGCAAUACUUCUAGUUAUGCUUCAUGCUACGGAAACCAGUAUAAGCUCUGGCUGUUUGGGCCUUUGGUUCAUGUGCGCCUUUACUUACCUUAUCAUUAGUAGUGGAUGAAAUAGAGAGGAGAAAUUGUUAGGUCAUGUUGCCAUGGUAGCAAAAUUUUUUGGGGAUCAAUCUCAACAAACGAUGGUCCUAAGAUUAUUUACUGUACUGUACCACACCUGUUUUCUUCCUACAUCUGUAUAAAAAAUUUCACUCCAAAACGAGAUGUAAAUGUGACAAAGGCCUUUGAUGAGCUGCCAUUAAAUUGCAAAAACAAAGAUGUAUAUUCCCUCAGUGUGGAAAGUAACAAAGUUUUGAGGUGCAUUUUCUUGGUCACAAUUUUCAGGUUUUAUACCAAGCAGUCCUGGUUUCUACAUGGGAGGGCUGAAAAUGGACCCUCUGAACCCCCUGUGAUUGGUCAAGAGGUAUGAGAUGCUACUUGCUUUAUACAGGCUUUUGUAAUAUAACAGGAGUAAUGCGAAUAGAAAACCUCAUACAUAAACCUGAGAAGCUUUCUUGCGAGUUGGAUUCAUUCAACUCAGAUCUGUCUUGUUUUUUACCCUCGUACUACUAGUACUUUUGGGUGGCUAUUUAGAUAGCUGUUUAGACAAUAAUUACUUCAAAUAUAUAUGUACAUAACCUGAACUCAACUCUUCACCCAGGUUGAAUGAAGGUUGUGAUUUUUUAACUUUUAAUGUUGGGGAAUGCAGCAAGGGGUGUUGGUUAAGGCUGUUGACCCAUGCAAACGUGAUCAUUUUUUCAUGAUUGCUGGGUCAUGUCAGCGCUUGAUCUUCUGUUGCCCUGGGUGAGUAACUUGAUAUGGGCUGUGGCUGGUUUACUUUUGGGUGGCUAUUUAGAUAGCUGUUUAGACAAUUGCUUCAAAUGUGCAUGUACAUAACCUGAGCUCAAUUCUUCACCCAGGUUGAAUGAAGGUUGUGAUUUUUUUGCUUUUAAUGUUGGGGAACACAGCAUAGGGUGUUUGUUAAGGCUGUUGACCCAUGCAAACAUGAUCAUUUGUUCAUGAUUGCUGUAAGUGCUUGAUCUUCUGUUGCCAUGGGUGAGUAACUUGACAUGGGCUGUUGGCCAAUCUUGGUUUGGGUAAGGCACACUAGGUGAUAUUAUUGGCUGGUAGUAAUGGAAUAAAGCAAUAGGUGAAUUCUGAUAAAAUCCUGGAUUCUCCUUCCCUUUACCUUGUACCUGCUUGUGAAUCAAAGGGAAAAUUUAAUAAAUAAUUUAUUAAAUUAAAUUAAGUGACCCUAGAUAUUCAGUUGUAAUCUUACAAUGGAAUAUCAGGAGUAACAAAUAGGGCCUUGAUGAAUGUACACUGUGCCUCAAAUAUUAUGACUAUAUUGUUUAAAAUGCCAAGAAAGUCAAAUGUGUGUUUUACAAUCCUUUGGAACACUCAACGACUCUUGGAGUCAAACCUUUCACAGUUAGCACAAACCGUUAGAGCGCUGUGCAAACUGUUAGAAGGUCAGGGCAAAGCGUUAGAACUUUAGGACAAACCAUUAGCUAUCCAAUAGUUUUCUAACGUUUAAAGGAUUAUCAUUAGUGUAUGCUUUUGUUUGAGAGGUCACAAAUUAAUGGUGUACCUUUAUGUGAUGUUUUUGACAAGGAAAAUACUUAGAAUGUGGUCAGCAAAGACCAUCAGAGUCACAACUGUAAUGAAAAUGGGGUGGCAAAUGGGACUUUGUCUUUAAUUUUGUUUUUGCUUUCUCAAGCUUUUAGUUCUUAUUUUUUUAGGCAAUCUACAGCAAGAUCAAGGAACUAAAUUUCCAUGACUGUCACACAAAAAUCAGACAAGUGGACAGCCACUCUACUGUGGGAGGAGGGGUGGUAGUACAGGUUAGUAUGGAUCAGCACUCUGUUUUUUUCUUUUCCCUUUUGACACUAAUAAUGAAUAAAACAAAAAUUUCUCAAUAGAAGAUAUUACAUGGCGGCACUGAGAUACACAAUAAAUUAUUGUCUUUGAGUGUUGAAGAAUAUUCCACAAGUGAAUGCAGUGAACAAGGGAAAUGUUUUUUUUCAUAGUGAGAAGAGAAAUAUGUUUCUCCAAGCAGUCCAGCUGUACUGUUCUCCUUAUUGUGUACCCUGUAAACCCCAACGAAAUACCAAACCUUCUCACAAUAAAGCAUUUUUUUGUUGCAGAAGGUGUUAAGAUAACAUUAGAAUUAGAAUUUCCUUUCUCCAAGAAGUCAUGUAAUGUUCCCCUUAUUAUUUAGGUUGUGGUUCAGUUUUAUCCUUGGUUUAAAUUUUAUUUUCCUUUGUUUCAAACUCAUUAUCAUACAUUACCAUACCCCAAAACAAAGGAAAAUAAAAUUUAAACCAAGGAUAAAUUUGAACCACAACAUAUACAUUGUAAACCCGAAUGAAAUAUCAAACCAUUUCACUAUAAAAAAAAAAUUUUUGCUGCAAAAGGUGCAAAGAUAACAUUUUUUUUUUCAUUUUUUGCAUGAAAGCACACCUGGUAUUUCAUUUUUGUUUAUAUAAAAAGGAAGUCUUCAUGAAUAGGUGAAAUUUUCGUAUGUUGUAUCCUCUGGUUGCUAUUGUGAUCCAACCCAACCCUUCAAGCCCCAGUAUCAACUUACAAAUUCUCCAGACUUAUUUUGGUACAUUACUGUGAGAAAUUACAGUGGGAACUCUCGUAAGCAGACAUCCUCAGGAUACGAAAAACGAUGUCUGUAACUGGAGCUGGCCACUUACGGGAAUGUAAAAAUACAGAGGUUGUAUAAAAGUUGAGAAAAACAGGGUUUUGUGAAGGCAGCUAUAUUAGUAGAGUUGUCCACUUACAAGAGUGUCCUUGAGGAGAACUUCUACUGUAGUUGAGAGAAUUUGAUAGAAGAUCAAAACAUUUUUCCUUUGGUGCAGGUAACCUUGUCUCUUCAUGAUCUGUCGUUAUUGUGAGGAGAAAAUUUAUGUUGGUCACUUUUGGGACUUGAACAGUUAAUAAGAAUCUAAAUGCUGUGGAAAAUUAUUCAUUUGCAAAUACUGUAGCUAUCCUCAGACUACAAGAGCUUUUUGGUUCAGAUUGUUUGAGAUGAUCCAAGUGUCUUUAUUCAGGUUUUGUAUUAAAAAGCAUACCACCUCUUUAUGCAGGUGUCUGGUGAACUGUCUAACGAUGGACAGCCCAUGCGAAGAUUCAUGCAGACCUUUGUCUUGGCUCCUGGCGAGGUCAGUACUUUUACUGUUAUAAUACAAUCAAUCGAUCAAUAAAAUUGUUUAUUUCUCCACUUAAUGACAGUGAGCCAAUAUGUUUGUUCAAAAUAUGUACAUGUUAUUGUUGUUUUAAUGCUAUAUUAUUGUUUAGAUUAAUCACUAUUUUCAAGUGGCCACCAUCUUGGUUUCAGCAGGGUAAAGUGGAAAUUGCUGCUGUAACAAGGACGAUAUCAUGGUGUUCCCCUUCCCAUGAGCAUUUUGCUGUCUCACAAGAGUUUGAAAACGAAUGUAAUGAUCUAUCUUGUUUGUAUAGCUCUCAAACACAGAAAAAUGAGGAGUAAAUCUUUAUUUAUUUAAUAAUGUAUAUAUUUAUUCCAAUGGCUGGCUUACUUGUAAAAUGUAAGAGGACCCCUUUAAUUUCCAAUCCUUUGAUGAUAUUUUUGCCAGGGUCCAAAAAGGUAUUAUGUUCACAAUGACAUAUUCCGCUACCAAGAUGAGGUGUUUUCAGAAGAUACUAGUGAUGAACCAGCUGAUGGAACUGUUGGUAAGUUGAAAUACACAUGAACUUUCUCAGCCAAGGUACAUAGUUUCCUUUAAUAAAGCAUUGCCAAAGUAUAGCAAGAAUCAUGGAGAGACGCUGGAUGGACCUAAGCUCUGUGAUAGUGAACAUCAGCUGUCAAUGACUGUUGGUAGUGGAGGUUACUUGAAGACGAAAGUGCGUUAAUUAGGGCUGAUUUGUGCAAGUAACAAGAAGAAGCAAUAGUGUUUCCAUUACUUGUAAAGAAUGAGAACAGUUCUUGACUAAUACUUUUCCACCAUCCUUCUUUUGCAUUCAUGGUUUGUGGAAGUUAAAGGGUAAAAGAUAUUGUUGGCAAAUUUCACCAAGAGCACCCUUUUUCAAACAGCAAUUUUAGUUCCAUUGUUUCAUGCCUUUUAACUGAUCAGGAACAGUGAAGAAAACAAUGUCAAUGAAUUGAUAAACUGCCCAAUAGUGUUGUCAUUUGAACUGAGACACUUCAAGCAUGAUAAUAAAGUUCCAGUUUGGUAGUCUGGCUGGACUCAAGCGUGAAAAAUACUUGAUCAUCAUCAUCAUCAUCAUCUGGCCCUUUCAGUUGGGAUGCUCUGGACAAUCUUAUUCCACACUUUGCAGUCUGAUCUGAGCAAGAUCCUCCCUGUCAAUUCUGGAAUCCCAUGAGAUUAUAUCUCAGAAUGUGAUUUUCCUUGAAUGAACAGGGCCACUUGGCAUUUCCAUAGUAGAAGGGACUGUAUGAUGAUCUCACUCUUGGCCUGUUUCUCAAUGACCUGCAAAUUGGAGAUGGUACUUAGCAGACUUGCUCUGGAACAAUCCACCUCUCUUCAGAAGUCUUGAGUUCAAGUUAUUGUUCUGUGCUUAUGAACAAUAAAUAUGGUGUGAGAAAACUCAUGAUCCUAUGUUUUUGACAUUUUUGUAGAUUCUGAAGGUGAAGAAGAGCACCCACAACAGGUGCCAGUGAAUAAUGUCAGCAGUUAUGAUCAAACCAAGCAGGAGCAGGCUAUUGUGCAAGACAUUCCAAGUGAAAAUUUGUACUAUACCGAGUCAGGACAAACCAAUGGGUAAUAUGAAAUUUCCUUGCUUUCUUAGUAGUUGUUUCCUACUUUCACCUGUGCCGCUGAAAGUCCUACGAGAUUGUAUUUGAUUGGUUGUAUUCUGUAUGAGUACACAGCAAAAUGUGCAACAACUUCGAAUUCCUUCCAUCAAGAAUUUAAAGCCACUGGAAUGUCAUCCUCAUCGCUGAUGGCUAAAAUUAUUUACCUGGUUCUGCAAAAUGCACUGAAAUUCACUUUGAAGGGCCUCCAAAAUCAAAUUCCAUGUGUGACAAAUUGCGUUUUUUAUCUUAUGGUGUCAAAGAUUUUGCAAUUUUGCCAGCUUAAAAACAGUUUUGUUGUUAGAUGUCAUGUGACGUAGCCUGCCAAUACAGCCAUCUCUCCUCUCUCCUUGCCACUUAGAUGUUUCACAGAGAGGACAUUUGUGCCUCAAUUACAAUGCUAUAAUGAUAAUGUAAAUCAAUGUUUAGAUAAUCUGGUAAUCAUGGGGUUCCAAAUUUACGUAAAUUUCUUUGAAUUUAUGUUUCUGGUCUGUGAUCUCAGAGUUUGAGUUCCCCUGUGAAAGAGUGGAACCAAAACUCAAGAGAAUAAUAAAUUCCACAAUAAAAUUGUUGACUGUUUUACAAUAGAUUUAUUAUACAUAUUGCAUUUACAUUUGACCUCUGUCUUCUUCUAUCGUGCGUAAACAAUAACUAAAAGAAUAUAAUCUAUGUUGACCAAUCAGAGUUCCUGACCUGGCAGUUUCUGGACAGAUUUUACAUUAUCACUAUGGAAUUUCUGUCAUUGAGGUGCAGACGUAUCUCUGCAAAAUGUCCCUAACGGCAAGGAGAAAGCAGAGAUGGCUACAUGUACAUGUGACCUUGAAGUAACCAAUCAAUGAGAGAAUUUCACGCCUUUUAACAAAUACUAACUUUUAAGUUGCUUUUUGACACAGUUCGACAGCGUUGUUGAACCAGGAACCACUGCUGGAUGAGGAAGAUGAUGAUGAAGGUGAAGAAUCACUUGAACUUCAAGAAGUCGUCAUCGACAAACAUCCACAGGUACGAACAUAAUACUGUAGGUUGCUUGUAGUGCAUAUUUUUAUAGCCUGAAAACAGAUAUUAUUAUUAUUCCAGGGUUGUCAUUAAGAGCCGGGGGCCGGGGAUUUUCCCCGGCUACUAAGAGAGUGGCCCCCGGAUACUUUUAUUGGAAAACAGAAGAAAAAUAGAAGCAAAAGAAAUCCCUAGCCAUUUGAUUCCCUGCCUACUUGUUGUAUUUGCCCGGCAACUUGAAAUCUUAGUGACAACCCUGUUAUCCCCAGUGGAGAGAAUAGAAGGAACUUUUUCUCUUUGCUAACCUUGUAGAGUGCAAGUGUGCAGCGAAAGUGCACAUAGAUUCUACACAAAACCAAAGGCUAGAGGCUGAUAUGAAAGCCAGUUUCCUCCUCUCAUAAUGUUUAGUUCAUGAAUCACUUUAUUUUGCCACAAACUAAGAAUGUUUUCUUUCUUUCUCAAAUUUGUAUUGCAAAAUGUUUACUCGUGAAAUCAAAAUGUUUGCUUAAAGAUGUUUGUUUGACUCACUUUGAGCCACUGUCUGUUCAGCUGACGUUAAAUGGAAGGGGGUGAUACUUGAAAAAGCCAGGGUAUGUCUGUCAUUCAUUUUAUUGAAGGAUAAUCUAUUCCCUCAAAUUUCUAACCAGGAACCUGUUAGAGAGACUUCUGCUGUAAUUCAGUUGCCUGAAGAAGAGGAGGAACCAUCGCCUGCAAAUGAUCAGUCUGGUGAGACUCCAUUUGAACCAGAGCAGCCUGAGGUUGAUGACGCAGAAGGACCUGAAGGAGCAAGGACUGAGCCAGAGGCACCUUUAGAGGAUGUUAUGGGUGAACCUACAGAGCCAGGUACCUACAUUCAAGGAUUGUUCACAUGUAAUACAGUAAAAACCUGUGAUUAAGAACCUGGGGCCCGUUUCUCGAAAGUCCCGGUAACUUUUCGGGCCGGAUAUCAAAUAUUCAAAUCGAAAUAUAAAGAAUAAGAGCCAGGGUCCUGGCUAGCAGACUACUCCAUUUUGUUUCACUAACUGAUAGUUUUAUCAUGCUAGAUGCAAAACUUUUGAAACCUCGAUCUUUAAUGUGAACGGAGACAGCUUACCGGGCCCGUUAAUUAUCGGGACUUUCGAGAAACUGGCCCCUGGCUUUUAAGAACCUGUUAGGUUUAAAUUUUCCAGUUAGGCCCUAACUAUCAAGAACGUGUUUAGCCGAAAAUUUGAAGCUGGUUCUUAGUUUCUAAAAUCUAUAAAAAAAAAUUGUACACUUGGGCAAAUAAAAUAAGUCAACAUUUAUGAUCCUUUUGGAUCCUUUUGGAGUUAUCACUCGUACUGCAAUGUAAUGGUACAGCUGUAAGAAGAUGUUAUAUAAGGAUCCCCAUUCAAGGGACACUUGCCUUAGUCUCGCGGGUGUCCCCUGAGUAGAGGUUCCAUUGUAGCUUUUUAUAUCAUUUGUAUAUGAUGUUGAUUUCAGCUCAAGAGAAACCAAAGACCUGGGCUGCACUUGCCGCAUCCCGCUCACCGGCAGCUCCAACUAACACAGCUCCCGCCACAAACUCACGCCCCGCCCGACAGCCACAACCGGUGAGGUUUGAGACUGGUGAUUUUAUGUGCACUGUAUUGAUUUUGAAAGGUUAAAUGGUGGUUUACACAUGGAGCAAGUAUAAGCAUAAAUAGUGCAGUAAAGCAUGCGCAUUGCAAGAGACAAUGUCUCUUUCAGUGCUCCAUAAAGUGGAAUAAUUUUCCUUCUUCUGCUCACAUGCUUAUACUUGCAUUUUUAUGUUACACAUUUAAAAUGGGACAUUGCUAGCAUGCUCAUCAGCACAAACACAAAUUCCUUUUAUAUUACCCCAUGGUGGAUUGAUGUAAAUUCUUUGGCACCAACAUAAGUACAUCUGUACAGCUGUAUACAUCGCCUUAUUCUGAUCUUCAAGAUUAAACAUCCUUGUGCUUCUUCCUUUUCCAAUGCUUAAUAAUUUUGACACCAGGCUCCUGCCCAGACUAUGUUUACACCACCGCCUAGACCCCAGGCUCCUUCAGCCCGCCAGUCCAAGGAAACCCGUGGAGGCCCAGGCACUAGAGAGACAAGGAUGAGUGCAAGGAAUGCCCCUGAUAAUCAUCAGGUGUUUAUUGGCAACCUACCUAAUAAUGUCAAGGAUGAUGAAGUGCGAAAUGUGUUUGCAAGUAAGUAUUGAACGAGUACUUACGUCCAAGUUGCCCGUAGCCUGCAAUGCAUGUUUCAUUGGAUUAGUUAGUGCUUUGUUUUUCCUCUAUUUGGCUGCUGUUUGAAUUUGAAAGAAGAAACUGGGAUGAGAAGAAAAUGCAAAGCAAUUGGUUGCGCAUUAGGUUGCCCCCGUGCAAUUUAACUCGUGUAUAUAGUGUUAGAGACCUGUAGAUUUAAAGAAGAGGACGACUUCGAGAACGAGAUUUUCUCAAAGCGAAGUAGUGCACACCCGUGAUCCAGCAUUACUUUGGCAGGAAGACGAACUACUUUUUAAAGUCCUCAUUCUGUUGCAGGUUUUAGCGUGCAUGUCGUUGUGGCGGGAACAAGUCAUCAAAUGUUAAAAGUUUUAUCAUUUUGUAAUCGGGAGGGGGCUUAACCACCUUCAAAUAAAUAAUAACUGUGCUAACUCUUCUGGUGACAAAAAGUACAAUGGAGUUUUCCGGGGUGUCUAUUUUUUUUAAAUAUGAGAAAAAAACUUGAAGGCAAAUCUCAUCCUUGUGUUCAUCCUCGUCCUCAAAUCUAAAAGUCUCUUAUCAUAUUUGAGGGGGAUGGGAGGGAAGGGGGAGAAUUCUAUUGUUGAGACGCCCCUAGAACACCCCCCUCCCCCCCCCCCAGCAAACAAACACCAUCGCCUGCAGCUACCAAGUUCAUCAGGAGAUGAAUUCAAGACUCAGUGUACUGUUAUCAUUAAACAAAGUGAAUUUCAAGUAUUUUACCUACCUACAAAAACUUUUCUUGGGACUUUUCCCCUUACAAAUGUAGUUAAAAUAUUUACGUUAUGUAAUACUGUCUGAAGUGUACUUUGUUGUCUUCUUUGCAGAGUAUGGAACGAUACUGGAAAUACGACUCAACCCCAAGGUAUACAAACAUAAAGAGACAUAUUACGCAUUUAUUUUUCAUGACAUCUUGUAAUGUAAGCUAACUACCUGUACCAAUGUAGAGAAGCCUGUUUAGGGGUAGUCCACUUAAACAAUUUGCAACAAAUUAUCAAAAUAGAAUAAAAUUUUUGGGCCGCCGGUUUAAGUCUGGCUUUGUUGUAUUAACCCACACAUAGUCAUCGGCUAAUUACGUUCUUCUACUCAGAUUUUUUUUUCCUUUUUCUUUGCUUCUAUUCUCGUAAAUGCUAUUGACUACCCCCGAGGAAGUUUGUUUUUAUUUUACUGAUUGUUGUGUCUUGUUUUUAGAACUUUGGAUUUGUCAUCUUCAACAGCCCUGAACCAGUGGAACAAAUCCUUAGCAACAGAGUGAGUGUGAAACCAAAACAGUUCAUUCUCUGAUCGUUAAAUAUAGCAGUUAGUCAUAGAAAAUUGGAAACGUAGGAAAGUCCACGAUGGGAAAACUUGCAGCGUUUGUUAGUCGUGUUUAGGUUACCCCGCUGGAGAGACUGGGUCAGUGGUGUGUCGAAUGGCAUUAAGGGACUGUUUUGGGGGACGAAUUCUGACCCAGUUCCUGGUCUUUCUUAAAGUCCUUCGCUUCUCAUUUCCGGUUCCGGUAGUAGGCCACAGCUCCAUCCAGUCUGACACGCGACGGGGACGCAAAUAGUUCGCGCCAAAAUGCCGUCAUUUGAUGCGAUUUUCUGCAGGGGAAACAAGUCGAACCCCCGCUCUCUCACUCGCUUUCAUGUCGCAGUAAACACAAAAAAAUCUCCUGCUCGCGCUUCGCGCUCGAGAAAAAUAUUGGGCUCGUCUUGUGGGCCAGUCUACUCAGUUCCCUGCGCAACUUCACAAUAGCCAGUCCCAUCGUGAAGUUCGUUACAACACCAUACUCACUCAGAACCUCAGAGUGACUAGCUAAUCUUUAUAUUGCUGAUGUUGUUUUUGUUUUAUCCAGCCGAUCAAAAUUGGUAACCAUGAAAUCAACAUAGAAGAAAAGAAGCCUAGUGGUACAGUUGGGCGCGGUUCUGGCGGAAAUCGUCGAGGGGGUAGUGGAGGUGCUCGUGGAAACGCGCGUGCCGGCGCGAGCGGAGGCGGUGGUCAAGUUGGCCGUGGAGGAACUGGAUCCCGCUCGAGCAACCGCGGAGGGGGAUUUGGAUCUAACAGCGGCGGUGGUAAUGCUGGAUCCAGUGGGAGAUCUGGCAGGGAUCGGGACAGCGGAGGUCGCGGCGGAAAAUUCAAGUAGCUAACCACUGCUGGACCAUGGACCGGAGCAAGAGUAGCAUAAUUUAUUGUUAUAAAGACAAAAAAAAACGCACUCAAUCUUUGCAGAAAGCCAUUGUGGCGUCGUCACGUUCACUUCUCCUCGCUCGAAGCUGUUGUUAUCUUUCAUAGUAUCGCGUGCACUGUCGUCUGUAUCAGCAAGCUUUAUAGCAACAUUCUUACUUGCGUUUUGUCUGCUGGCGGAUAUGUUCGUUACAUUUCGUUGUAUUUGUGGUUUAAGUCGCGUGUCUGUGUAAACUGUUCGCGUGUUGUGGUAGCGAGUGUUCCAUUUGAGAAUUUAAUAUAUCGUCCGAGGCGAGCAAAAAUGCGAAAAAAAUGAAGAGGACGCCUGAAGUGACUUUUUU